ACAACACCAAAAAAAGGUUAAGUGUUCAUUGUAAGAUAUUUGGUUGAUAGUCACACAGGCAUUUUGACAUUUGCCUUGCUCACUGCUAUUUAAAUAUUCUGACAUUUAGGUUUAAUUAAGCCUAAGUCAAGGAAGUAAAAUCAUACUGUGUCCCAAAGAUCCAUGGAAUAUUAGCAUCAUCUGUGUUGCAUUAUUCGGCGAAUUUAAACGCAAUUAAGUCAGAUGUAGUGGGAGGGAGGCAUGGUUUCACCCAAGACCUUUGUACCCUCAUUUAUGGUUAAUUGUUCAAUGAAUUAAUCAUCAAGUUCACAAACUCCCUUUUUAAAGUCAGCGUAUUCAUUACUAUUCCAUUGCUUGCUGUCCAUGCCAAUGGGUGAAGUUUGACAGAAGAAAUCACGGGAGUGGGUUCCUCACCCUCUCUCCUCAAUCACUCCGCGCUCCCCAAGUUAGCCUCUAAAAUUAAAUUGCAGUUUAAUCUUCUUCUUUUUAAGUGUACAAGAUCUGUAAUAGUGAAAACAAAUUUUAGAGCUUUCUACAAAUUAAGGAAAUUCAUUUGUCCCGGCCAGGGUCUUUUUCUCUCUCCAUCUGGAGCUCAAAGAGGCCCUGCUCCAGCACCUCUCAGGUGGGCACCAUUGCCAUUUGAAGAGAACAAGGGAGAAGUUCAUGGUGAGCUCCGGCACCUCUUUUUCUAGAAAAUCAGCACUGCUCCCAACCUUCUCCAACUGUAAAUUUCAAUAUAAAGCACCCAAGGAUCCAAUCACAUUGCUGAAGGGGGAGCGGAAUCCAUUAAGUCUUGUGCCUUUUUGUUGUGCUACCUCAAUUUUAUCCAGUAGUCUCCUACAGUGUUGGGAAGAUUUGAAGGAAGUACAGUGGUACCUCGGGUUACAAACGCUUCGGGUUACAGACUCCGCUAACCCGGAAGUAGUACCUCGGGUUAAGAACUUUACCUCAGGAUGCGAACAGAAAUCGAGCGGCGGCAGCGGGAGGCCCCAUUAGCUAAAGUGGUACCUCAGGUUAAGAACAGCUUCAGGUUAAGAACGGACCUCCAGAACGAAUUAAGUUCUUAACCCGAGGUACCACUGUAGACAAAAACCCAGCACGAGAUGAGAGGGGGGCUGCAAGAAGAGGCUUGCCUCUUUGUGCCAUUCCCCCCCCAACCCUCUUCAAUGACUUAGUGAUGCAGGGCUUCCUCCUGCAGCAGGAAGCGCUUGGUGAACUGCAGAAUUACUCUGCCACUGGGAGAGGCAAGAUAUGAAACUUAACAACCUGCACACACCUUAAAGCUCUAGCCAUAAAAACCCCAAACAGGAUGUUGCUGCAGUUAAUUGGAAACAUAUUUUGUUGUUAAUACCAGCAGACUCUUCAGAUUUUUAAAAGCCAGAAGUUACUUAACCACAUAGACUUACAACAAAACAAGAGGAUACUGCAGUUUUUAAAAAGUUGGUGGUUACAAAAGGGACGGAGCACAUUAAAUCAGGGGCAGGGAAGCUUUUUCAGAGCCAACAACCACAACUGCCUUUUUGUGGCCACAUUCUCCUGGCGGGCAAGGCGAGAGGCAAAAGUGGGAAGAACAAUAGAUGCAAAUGUUAUGUUUGUUACAGUAGUCUCUUGAGACACACAGAUGCCAACAACUUCAACAACAAACACCUGUUAUUCUCUUCUCCAUCGAAGCAAGCUAGAGACAUUAUCAAAGUUCAGAUUCCAGUCAGGCAAAAACACUUAAGGAAAGUGUCAAAUAGGGAUAGCUAUGGGUGUGGCCUGAGGAAAAUGGGUGUGUCUAAGGGGGUGUCAGACAGACAGGCCUGGAGGGUCAGAUCCGCCCCCCCCCAAGCCUCACCCCUGUGCUAAAUGGAUAGCCUUGCUGUACGCAUGCUGCACUGAACUAUUUCUAAGGCAAAUUGCACCAAUAUACCACUUAGGGGUGAUAGAUGUAUCCAAAUAUUGCAACUGACCUGAAUGCAGCUUUUAUGCUGGCUGUCCCAAGUACUGAACUGAUCCGUAGCUGUUUAUCCACCCACCGCCUCUCAGAUGGCAAAAAUAUGAGUCAACAGGCAAUCCUAAAUAUGCAUACACUUAAAUGAAUUAACAUGGAAAUAUGCAGCUGUUUUAUAUCCCUGCAGGAACUGACAACCCUUCUAAACAAUCCAAAUCAAUUCCACAUUAAGAGCCGCAGUUUAUCAAGGUUCUAUGAACUACUCAAUAGCAAACAUUUGUCUGCGGUGAUCCCUCCAGAUGAUUUUUUUUUUUUUUUUUUACUUUAAGAAGUCUGAGCCUUAACUGUUUCUAAAACUAAAUGAGUUUUUAGCAAUUUGGCCUUGAGGGGUGAGGUGAGGCCAAGAACUACAGCUGUUCCUUUUUUAAAAAGGAAAGUGGCUCUAUUUAGGAAUGUGGGUGAAGGUAGACACAAAUAUCAGUAAGCAUGUCUUAAGACACUCACACUCUGAAUGUCUUCAAGUAGAAAUGGUCCAGUCUCUACAAAACACUCUGGCUCAUAGCUCCUCCUCCUCCUCCUCCUCUUCUUGGCUCAUGUUUAAUUGAUUUCAGUGAAAUGUAACUGUGAACUUUACAGCACUUUGUGGCAUCAGAAAUAUAUCAGGUUAUAGGCUUCUGAAUGAAAAGGUCUGUUGGUGCUGUUGCACAUAAAGGUGACCACCAAUAAAAAUAUUCUGUGAUCAUUUAUUUUUACUUUAAUAAACGUACAGUUUCAUUUGCACCAGAAGCCCCUGCUUCAUUUACCAGAAUGUUGCACUCAGUGCAACUUUGUGAGUCACAUUUUCUCUCGUGUAAUGGAAACAAUAAUGCCUCUCUGUACUUGACAUACUAAGUUGAAUCUCUCACAUGCUUCUGCUUUCUUCCUGCAGCACAGUCAACAACCUUUAAAAUCACCACUCCUUACGCACUCUAUAUCUGCCCUGAGGGUCAGAAGGUCACCUUGACUUGCAAGCUCAGUGGGUCUCUGGCAUCCCAGCAUGACUCCAUUUACAAAUUUUGGUACUUCAGCAACCAGGGAGACCAGAGCUGCUCCCAGAAAAAACAUGUCCGCAAUGUCUCGGCAAAGGAGCUGCAUCAUGAAUCAGAGAAGCACAGUGGGCAGCGUGGGAGCCACCAUGGUUUGGAAUUCUCCUCGGAUCACCACGGGACGUUUUAUGUCACCAUGGCAAACCUUUCUCUCAAGGACAGUGGGAACUACUGUUGCUACGUGGUAGAGGCUGAAAAGGAGCACAACAAAGCACAUGCCAAGCAACAGGCUCACGGGUUCAUGGAACUUCGGAUACAAAAAGGCAGGUGAACUUUGUACACAAAGCAGAUAUAGCUAAAGCCAUCUUUUCGCCUGUUUCAUAUUUUCCUAGAACAUGGGUCAGCAAACUUUUUCAGCAGGGGGCCAGUCCACUGUUCCUCAGACCUUGUGGGGGACCAGACUAUAUUGGGGGGACGAACGAACGAAUUCCUGUGCCCCACAAAUAACCCAGAGAUGCAUUUUAAAUAAAAGCACACAUUCUACUCAUGUAAAAACACCAGGCAGGCCCCACAAAUAACCCAGAGAUGCAUUUUAAAUAAAAGGGCACAUUCUACUCAUGUAAAAACACACUGAUUCCCGGACCGUUCGCAGGCUGGAUUGAGAAGGCAUUUGGGCCAGAUCUGGCCCCCGGGCCUUAGUUUGCCUACCCAUGUCCCCUUUGUCACACAUACAAACCUAUUGGAAUGGAUGGUCCUACACUAAGGGUGGUGGUAUUCAACCAAGUUUUACUCAGAGAGAGUCCCUUAAUGGAUUUAACUGACGUAAGAAACUGCAUUCUACUGAGUCACAUCACUGGCCCAUCUAGUUCACUAUUGUCUACACCGAAUGGCAGCAGCUCUCCAGGGAGCCCUAACCUGGAGAUGCCGGGGAUUCGAACCUGGGACCUUUUGCAUGCAAAGAAGAUACUCUUAUCACGGAGCUACAUCCCUUCCCUCAAGCCUAAAGUGCUUAGCUAUGUUCCAUAAUUUCAAUUUUACACUGUGUGGAAAGCUUAGUUGAAUGCCAUUCUGACAAUCAAAAACUGUAGACUACCAUUGCGGGGGUAAUCAAAAGAGAAAGCUUAGAACUGAGCCAAACUAGGGACACUUCACACACACACACACACAAUCUGACAGUGAUGAAAAUGUCAUUAUCUGAUGGUUUUUCAGAUGUUGCUCCAUAGAUCGGCUUGCCCAUUCAGAGUGAGUGCAAUGUUGAUCCAAGAAACAUUGACCACACUGCCUUAACUGGUUUAGUGAUGCUGUCACACAACUAACUGAUUGGCUACAUAGUCUGACAUCAUCAUAACCCAUGAUUCCUGAUAGGCUAAAAAGAUUAUUCUCAGGAACAUGAAAAAGUCAUCUUAAGAACAGAGCACAAAGUAAAUUUUAAAAGCCUCCCCCCCCCCAAUUUCUUCCUGUAUUUUUAAGAAUCGGGUUGCAAUCUUAUGUACUGUAUGCUUUGAAGUUCUAAUAAGAGUAUCAUAUAUAAUCAUUUUAAACCAAUAAACAUUUAGGAAGCCUCCCAAGACUUUGGGAUUUGUCCAUUCUGUAGCGACUGGCUAUUCAGACAUAAUGCUAACUCAGUUUAAUGUUACGAGAAUGAGCCUAGCCUCCCCUAGCCUCUUGCUCACUUCUCUUUCCUCUCCUCCAGCAUAGUUGUGAGGGGAAUAUUAAAAGCCUUUUUUAUAUUUUGCUUUAGAUUAAUCAGUUUAGCAAAGCAUGUGAUCUGAACCUCAAACUGUGGUUCAUCUUAACUUGUGAAAACAAACCAGUUUCAUUAACUCUGAUUGGACGUUUAUCGUAAGGGAAAGCUUCCUAACUCCUCCUCGUGGCCACAUUGGGGGAGGAGGUGAAAGUGAGGGUGCUAUGUUCAUUCUUACCCAAACCAGCACUUUAUGUUUGUCCCUUUUUCAAAAGACCGCACAAAAACUGACUUUCCAAGAAACUAACAACUAUUUCUUUUAUUUUACAGCAAAUGCUACUUUCCAAAACUGCACGCUUCAUUCUGCAGCCAGCAUGGAGAGUGAAAGUAAGACGACCUUUGCAACUCAGACAAAUCAUUCUCUUUAAAUGAGUGCAGAUUACAUACAGUAUUCUGUUUCUAUUUCUUUUCAUUGUGGUUAUUUAUUUAUUUAUUAUCUCAUUACCUGUCUCCCUGCACUGCCUUACAGGCUCAGACUUGACCACCUUGCCUAAUCCCCCAUAUUACCCAUUAUCUCCUCCAUUCUUUAGGCCUCAUCUGAUUUAUUGCUUGCAUGCAUGUGAAGUAGCUUCCUGUGCACUAUUAAUCCGGUGGUUUCCUGCUUUUCUCAAGAUUCAUAUCUUUAGCAGCACCUUUUCUGAACAAACCUUCACUAACUUUUCCCUAACUCUCCCCAACCCUGCCCAGUUUAUUUUGCCUGCCCCAAACUAACAUUUCCUUGCCCCAUAAGUAUUUAUUGCAGACUGUAAGCCCUCGAAGGCAGUGCCUAAGGCAUUACAGUGGUACCUUGGGUUAGAGACGCUUCAGGUUACAGACUCCGCUAACCCAGAAACAGUACCUCGGGUUAAGAACUUUGCUUCAGGAUGAGAACAGAAAUCGUGCAGCGGCAGAGCAGCAGCAGCAGCAGGAGGCCCUAUUAGCUAAGGUGGUGCUUCAGGUUAAGAACAGUUUCAGGUUAAGAACAGACCUCCGGAACGAAUUAAGUACUUAACCUGAGGUACCCCUGUACUGGUAUUCUAUAUACGUUAAAUAUUUGCUAUCUCACUUCAAAAUGCAGCACAGGGGCUUGGUGGGAGGCAGACAUCUAUUACAGCAACAGAGGGCUGCAAAUCCUAGUUGCACCUUGCUUUUGACGGGGCAGCCUCCCUUUCCCCGGGAAGAGCUGGUUGUAACUCUGGUGUAUAUUUUAGUGGAACUGUUGCAUAGGAAGCUGCCAGAUACAGAGUCAGGCCAUUGGUCGAUCUAGCUCAGUACUGUUUACACUGCCCCGGGUUGCUUCCUAGGCUUUCCAGCAGGAUUUCCUCAGUCACAGGAUCAUAGAAUUGCAGACUUGGAAGGGACCCCAAGGGUCAUCUGGUCCAACUCCCCGCACUGUCUGGAAAUGUCCCACCUGGAAAUAUCAGAAGCUGGGACCUUCUGCAUGCAAAGCAAUGGCAACUGCUGGCAGCUCUUCCUGAUGAUUUAGGCCAAAUAUAUAUGUAGAUUAUUGGCAUCUAAGGCUCUCUAGCAUCAAGCACAAGGUGGAAGAAAGUUGUCAUGUUGUAGUCCUGCUACAGUACAUCAUUUCAUAUGAUGUACGUGGUUACAUUCAUUCCCUCUUUCCAAUGAGUAACGUCUUCAUAAAGCUGAGCAAAAACUAACCUGGAGAAGUUCAGAGUUCAAUUAAUAGUGCGUAUGAAUAACGGAGGGCAUUUGCAAAAAAAAGAUCAGACAGUAGCCUGUCAUGAAGGGCAGGUUCUCUCUAAUUUGUCUUAACCUAUUUGCUCCACACCUUGAAUUCGUCUGCAAAAGUAAAUUUGGAGGAAGUAUUUGUUCCAAGGUGCUCACGCAGGACUAGAAUCAAAAGUCCCCUGGUAGUAAAACCUUUGUGUUCUGAUCUGCAGAGUUUAUUCUCAUACAGUCAUCAUUAGCUGUAUGGUAUUUGAGCUUCCGUAGAAAGUAGCUGAUCCCUUGUGACGAUCUCUGAACAACCCAACAUAGUUGGGAAACAGGGACUUGGACAAUGAAAUAAGUGGGCAGUUCAAGGAAACAAAAAUAAACUGAAAGGACAUUUUAGUAUUUGUGCUGUAUGUGGAUAUGCUUUGUUUGGAGAAACAGUGCUUUCAUAUUAGCAAUGCCAUACCUUGGCCUUACGGUAAGACUACAGUGUUUUCUUAAUCAUUAAAUUGGUGGGGGCCCUUAGGAUCGUCUAGUCUAACCCCCUGCAAUGCACGAAAAUGCAGUUGUCCCAUACAGGGAUCAAACCUGCAACCUUGGCAUUCUCAGCAUCGCACUCUAACCAACUGAGCUAUCCUUUCUUUUUGUUUUCACAAUAUCGAUGACAAAUUUAUAAAUAUGAGCUAACAUAUCUGUGGUAAUGGUGCCACAGGUGUUUACAGAUCGUAUAUCAUCAUUGAAGACAAGACUACAUGAGAUUAGUGGAACUUCUGUGGAACUGAUAACAAAACACUUUUUGGAAAAGGGAACAAAAACCUGCUGUCAGACAUGUUCCUAAAUCAGCUCUGAAGGUCCUAGUAAAGUUGUACCUCCUAGCCAAAUUUAGGCCAGGAGCUCACAUCUGCUUUCUUAGUUUGUCCUUAAUGACUCAGGGUGGGAGCUUUAAGAACCUCUUUGUUCUACACUAUAUUCCACAUCUUCAAAAACAAAGCUUCCAUUUCCCACACAUGAUGGGAAACAUAGCUUAUUACCAGACUAGAGGCAAUUCAAAAUCACUGGAGAUUUCUAGACAACAUGCAUAAAGACAGAGCUUGACUUCUUACAGUUCCCGCAAACAGCACUGAGGGCCAAUUUAUACAAUCACAAAAUCAAGUAGGGAAGUUUUUCAAGCAGCAAAUGAGUCAAGUUGCACGUUUCAAUUGCCACCACCUCCCUUUCCAGGAAAACGUCUCUAGGAAAACAUCCCCUCAUUGACAUGUUCCUGUAUUACACAUGUAGGAGAUCUCAUUUUUGUGGAAAAAUAUGCAGUCCUUCAAAUUGCAGCCUGAUGUGAAUCUGUCUAAGGAAGUUUUCCACCCUUGCUCAUGGGAGUUGAAUAAACAGGUCUUGACUCUUGUUCUGCAUCUUACACAUAUUACUGAACUUGUUCCAGCCCAACUAAUUCUGACACUUGCUAUUUAUUUUGUUCGCUAAAUAUAUGGUAUCUUUAAUUUUAAAAAGGACCGGAGAGUAGAACUUCAUCUUGUUGCAGAAAAACCAGACAAACUCUGAGCUUCAGGUUCUCACUGUUCACUAACUUGGCUGAUUCAUUUCUGGAUGAAUAUACUUGUCAUAGGUGCUGUAACUACUUGGAAGCAGUUCUGUGUGAAUGAAAGCUGCUCUUUCACUGCGAUUCGGCAAUGCUUAGAACAUUUUUCUCCCUUCUCUUUCUCCCUUCUUUUUCAACAAGUCUAACUCAUACUAGUCAUAUCUGUUUCGAGACAGAUCUGUCCUGUCUAUAAUCUAGACACUAUUUAAUAUCUGUAAAUAAAAAUAGGCUGCUGGCAUGGAAUUUGCAUUUACCUACCAGGCUUUGGGUUUCACUGCCUUGAUUAAAUCUGCACAUAUGCAGAGUAAAUAGUAUUUGCUGGACUAAAACACAGCUUGCCAAGUCAAGUUGUAAGUUGAUAAAGGUUUAGGAAGUUGUGGUCUAGCACAUGAGGCAGAGAGCUUUGCAUGCGAUUAAAUGUCAUUAGCUUAUCAUGAAUCUGAGCCCAAAGGGCGAUGAAACUACCAAGUGCCUUUGCAUUCACUUUGGAUCAAGUCCAGUAUUUGCAAUUACAGCAGUGUCUCUCUCCACCCCCCCGCUCCUUUUUGUACUGGCAAAAGGGGCUGAACAAAAUAUAUUGUUCAAGCAUUUUUGAAGAAAUUUGGAAUACCCUUCAAAAUAUCAUACAUAAUUUUUUUAAAUUUCCCCAAACUUGCCAAUUUGAGUAAAAUACAAGUAGGCAUCUAUAAUAAAAUAGUAAUAAUAGUAAUAAUAAUAAUAAUUUCUUUUUCUUUUUAUUAAUACCCUGCCCACCUGGCUGGGUUUCCCCAGCCACUCUGGGUGGCUCCCAAUAGAAUAUUAAAAACACGAUAAAACACCAGACAUUAAAAACUUCCCUAAACAGGGCUACCUUCAGAUGUCUUCUAAAAGUCAGGUAGUUGUUUAUUUCCUUGACAUCUGAUGGGAGGGCGUUCCACAGGGCGGGCGCCACUACCGAGAAGGAGGUAAUCUGGGGGAUAAUCUGCAUGUAGCUAAUGGAUUUUCAUUAGCAGGAAAAUAUUCAUUAGUUAAAAUUAUAUAAAAUGAGUAUUUUCCUAUUAUUUACACAUGCAGUCUCAUUUGUAUGCUGGGAUCACAUAGUGAAUUUAUAUUUAAAUUUGUUACGUUUUAAUCAAAAUAAAAUGUUUAGUUCCUUUUCCACCUACGAAAGUUUCUUGCUAAACAAUAACCAGUGGUGUUUAUGUAUUUUGGACCACAAAUGAUGAGAACCGCCGUCUUUUUCUGGGCUCCAGUGCCCUCUAAGCUGCAUAACCGGUGUAACAUCAACAAACUGAGCUCUCAUUAUUAAGUAGUGGAUUGACAAAGCAGACAACACAGAGAUUUCUCCAAGUGGUUCUUUAUAGUAUGCUGGAACUGAACUGAACAGCAAACAGCUCAGCCGGCCUGCUUUUAUAGGCAGCUGGCUGUCAACAUUGCAACAACAAGAACCCAGGUUUUCCCGCCUAAAUGAACUGACGUGGACCUGAGUGAAAACUAUAUACAUGAUACUCCUGGUGGCCAGGGUGAGAACUUCAAUACAUAACACUCAUCACUUCACAGAAUCAUAGAAUUAUAGAGUUGGAAGGGACCUCCCCCCCCCCCCCGGGUAAUCCAUUCCAAUCCCCUGCAACACAGGAAUCUCAACUAAAGCAUCCAUGACCCAAGGCCAUCCAACCCUCUGCUUAAAAACCUCCCAAGGGAAACCGUUCCACGGUCGAACAGCUCUUACAACCAGAAAGUUCUUCCUGACUUCAUCUCCACGUCAGGAGUAACCACACCUCUAUAACAUUUCAGUCUGACAGAAAGCAGUGCAACUAUAUGAAGAACCCAGUAGGCAAUAAUAUAAUUGUCCUAGGUUUAUAUACAACUACAUUUGUUACCUUUCUCAAAUGCUUGAGACAUUUCUUUUCAUCUGAAUAAUGAUUACAGCCUUAUAAAAUUGUUAAGGGACGUUUGCCUAAAUUUUGAUGGAGCACCACAUUUCUGAAAUAAUGAAAAUCCACUUCGUUACACAGGAAUAUUAUUAUACCGUGGCAAAGGCAACAACACUUUUAGUAUAAAGGAAUUGCUUUUCUAUUCAGGGCAUUUUGGCCUCAUAUCUAAACCACCAAAUUCACACCCAAGAGCCUCCAGCAAUGAGAAUAAUCUUUCUGCUUGCUUGAUGAUGUGACUCUCUGUUUCCUUGCUCUUUUUCAGAUGUCACAGCAGCUGCACUUGCAACAGGGGCCUGCAUUGUGGGCAUUCUGUGCCUCCCCCUAAUUCUGCUCCUCAUUUACAAGCAGAGAAAAGCAAUCGCUAACAGACGUACGUAUCAAAACCUUUCCCUCCCCUUCCUCACCCCGUCCAGUCUUGAUUUAUUUCUCCUUAACAGGCUUAGUAUUUGGUGCAAAGUGACACAUCUGGUUCUUCUCCUCUGUGUCCUUUCAAGAGCACGGACGCUAAUAUGAAAAUAUUUGUGCUAUUGCAUUAAUGAUACCAAGCCAUUUACGGUGAAAGCAGAAUUGCUUCUGGGAGGUCAUGUGUGUGUCUUUUGAAGUACUAUGCAUUGGUGAUAAAUUUCACGGCAAUGGCAGUAGUCCUUUUGUUAGCUCCUCCCUCUCACAUGCUGGAGUGAGCAGGACCUGUUUUGCUUCACAUUAGGCAGAAGAGAAAGGCAGCUGAGGGGCUUGCAGCAAAGUUACGUCUGCAUCCCAUUUGCUGCUGGAGAGCUGUUUAAAAUGUAUUCAUGAGCUCUGGAUUUGAACUUGGAAAUCCUAAGCGGAAGUGAAGUUGUGUGGCGUGGCACAGCACUGAUUGCUUUGAAUACAAAAGCAAAAAUGUUUCCAUAAGCCAUUUCUGGCCUUUUUUCUGACUUACACCACUUCCUAUUGCCCACGAGAAGCAAUGAGCAGAAAGCUACUACAUACAUUUUAUUUAUUUCACAACAUUUAUAUAUCGCUCGACUGCGGUAAAACUUCAAAGUGGUUUGCAAAAAGAAUAAAGCCAUAAAAUUGUCCAUAAAAGCGGUUAAUCGAGUAUUUUAAACAUUCAGAAAUCAUUAAAACCUGCAAUAAAUUUAAGACCAGAUUAAAACACACCUUGGCUUCUGCAUGUCUGGAUAGGCUUCUCUGAAUGAAAAUGUUUUUAGCAGGCUCUGAAAAGAGUACAGCAAAGGCACCUGCCUAGGAUUGCCAUAUUUCAAAAGGUGAAAAUCUGGACACAAAAGUUGCUGAGCUUUUUUUUAGCAAAAUCGCACACACACAAAAUUGACGUAUUUGAGCUAUUUUUUAGGAAAAUCAGCAAAAACAGCACUGCUGACAUGGGUUGCCGUGCGUCCAGAUUUUCCCAGACAUUUUCCUGAUUUCUGCCCAGACAGUGCUUCCGACUGCAGUAUUCUGGGUAUGUCCAGGAAAUUCCAGGCAUAUGGCAACCCUACAACUGCCUGACAUGAAUAGGUAGGGAGUUCCAAAGUGUGGGUGCCACCGCACUAAAAGACUGAUUUCUUACAAGUGUGGAACACGUAUUAUGUGGCAUCUGUAACUGUGCCAGCACCACAGAUUGAAGCAAGUACGGUGAUCUUGCAAGGCAACUGGUCCCAAGCUAAUAAAGGCUUUGUAUGCCAAUAUAAACUAGGCCAUGAACUUGGCCCAAAUUGGCAGCCAGUGCAAGGCUCCGAGAAGAGAACUUAUAUACUGAUAGGUUCUUACUCCUGCCACAGCAUUCAGCAGUAAUUACAGCCUCUGAGUCAAGCGUAAAGGAAGCCACCCCCCCCCAAAUAUCUUACAGUGUUUCCGUUGCUGAAUUAGUUUAAAUAAAACAAAUAUUUGUGUUACGCCUAUUCUGCCCCAGUUCUGCGUAUUAGGAGUUGUUCUGAUUAAAAGCCAACAUUCCAGCUCUCUAUUUAGCAGCCUGUCAGCUGCUUUCAUGUUCCAGGCAUAGAAGCCUCUCUCCUCGGACUCCUGUUUAUACACAUUUCUCGGAAAAUGGCUGGCUGGGGGGAAUUGGCGGAACGAAAGGGCAGGGUUGGUCAACGAAGCACCAGCUUGUUGAAUUGUACUGGGGUGUGGCAUAGUGCUCUGUCGCUACUUAGAAAUUGCAUCAUUUCUGUAAUACUGCGUUCAUAUUGGGCCAGGAUGCUGCUGAAUGUUUUCUUCUUUCUGAGUUGCAUGGAGCAACUGGGCCUGCACACAGGCAACUAGAGAAUCGGGAGUGACUUCUUCCUUAGCAUUGUUCUAUGCCAAAGGGCGAUGUCUCACUACAAAAGAAAAAUGAGCCUCUCUUCCUUUUCGUAAUGCCAGUUGCUUCUGUUACUUACAUAAACUAAUGAUGCAAUAAAAUUAACUAGAACGAACCAAACAUUUCUGUUUCACUCCCUAAGGGAAUUAUUAUUUUUUUAAGUGCAAAAUUAUAACAGGAUGAGCCAUCACCUUUCUUAAGUGUAAACAGAUGCACACUCAUAUACUGACAAACAACAAUUUAUGAUCACUGCAGAAUUUGGCUUGUCUGAAUUCUUCAAAAGUUCAGGGCAUUUUUUACAUAUAAGGCUUAGAGAACCUUGUAACUUAAAUCUGUCUACCCUGGGUCAAAUCCCCAUUGGGAUGGAUUGCUUUGCUUUGAUUUCAGGACAUUCACAUUGGAAUGCACAGCCAGCAGGGCUAAUGCUUGGAAAUACAUUAGCUUGAGGUGUGAAAAAGACGUGUGUUUUUUAAACUGUGGAACAACCUUCUUACAUUUCAUAUAAAUAUUACAGUUUCGUUCAUUAUGAACAGUGUGGUUAAAUUUCAGCAGCUGCUUGGUUCCUUCUACAGCUUAGCUGUAAGAAGUAGAGGAAUGAAAGCAUUAAAAUCUGGAGCUAAUUAGACUAACUAAUGUACAGUUCAUUGGAUUUUUUUAUUUAUUUCCCUCAUCUUUUCAAACCUCAUUUUAGGCAUUGAAGUGAGAUAUAUCCAGUGCAUUUGGGGGGGUAUGCAGGGGUACACAUACCCCUAAACAUUUUGUGAAUCUUUGUACUUUUGUCCAUUUACUGUAUUUAUUUUCCCCAAUUUGAACUAUAAAAUGGUGAUUCAAAAUGAGAGUACCCCUAAACAUUUUUAAAAGAAAAAAAAGCACUGGAUAUAUCCCCCCCACAGCUCCAUUUUAAUACUACCCUAGCUGCUUUCAUUGUGCAAAGUUCCAGCAAAUGUUUCUUGGGUGUAAGAAUUCAAACACAGUGGAUUGCCUCACAUUCUGAGGUUCAGAACUCUUACAUUGCAGAAGUUGCGAAGUACAUCAGAACACACUGGUUGCCUUCCAACAGAUACUGUACUUUUGAGGGGAUGGAAGGAGGCGAAACGGGGAACUUCUUCAAUUCCACUGAAUUACCACGACACACUUGUAGCAGGCAAAACAUACUCAAUGACACUCCUUCUGUAUUGCUUGGAGGGUGAUCCCCACACUAAGAGUUCUCCAACUCUUGCUACCACCUAGGAGCCAGAGGUCUCAGAGAAAGCUAGCCCUGGCUAGUCUAAGAGACUUUCUGUUACACUUUCAUUCUGAUUCUUCUCUGCGUUGACUAGAAUGAAGCAGAUUUCAAUCAAAUGCCCAUUGUUAAGAGCUAUAUUCAGGAACCAAAGAAGAAAGGUGAUUUUCCUGAAUAGUUUAGGUCCGUCUUGUGCAGGUUGUCUAAGCAGUCUCUAGAGGACUGUCUUGCAGGCUCUGCCCAAUGUAGCUGCUGUGCGAUGACUGAGUCAGCUCACAUGGCCUAGUCUCCCCCGUCUCCUUAAUAAUCUUGCUUUGGAGCCUUGCUUCAAUCCACUACACUGAUGCGUAUCACAUAGGCCUAGUUGAAGGUAAUCAACUAACGGAUUCCUCCACCCUUGGAAAGGAAAGGAAAAGAAAAUAAGACGGUCCAAUCUGAUCUCUCUUUAAUAUUAGGGCUUGGUUUCUGGGAGCUCUACAAAGAAUAUACUCUCUUGCAUUUCAGUUACACAAUGAAUCUGUUACUAUAAGUAGCAAAUAAGGAGGAAGUUACUCUUCUUGCAAAAACAGGUGCUUUUAGACUCAGCAAAGGACUAGUGUUUCAGUUGCUGUACAAAAAAUGUGUAAAAGAAUGAAGAAAAUGGAAGCAGGAAAUACUAAAAAGUGCAAACAGAGGGAGUAGGAGAGAAGCAAAUUUUGUCAAAUAGAAAAAUGAAUGUCAGCAACAUAUGCAAGUUGGAUACGAUCCCGUUUAAUUAUGCCGAACAAUUUCUAGUCUCAAAAUAAAUUGCAGAAAGACCCCAAUUUUUAAAAUGUAUUUUUUUAAAAAUUCUUUUUGAAGAAUUGUGAAUACUAAGUUUCUCUGAAAGAGUAAAUUGUUUAAUAUUAAAUAAUCUGAAUAUAAACACAUCAGUCCUACAGUUAAAUAUCUAAACCAAUACAGUGACUUCAAGUUAAAAAAGGCUUUUAGAAAUAAUUGAAGAACGAAUACGGCAAUUUCUCUCAUACGAAUAUGUGCACUCCAACUACUAAACAGAGGCAUUUAACGGUCUUCUCAUGAAAAUAAAUCUUUCCAGUUUACUCAACAACUUAACAAAUAUUGCUUCACCCUAUUAGUCAUUCUAGUUGUUUGUGACACUGUUUUUGUGAGGGUGAGUGCACCCGGGCCAAAGCAGAGUGAAUCAGAAAAAUAGCAUUAUGCUCAAAAGAAAGAGAGACAACGAUGACCAGUGCACAGGUUAUUCGAUUCUCAUACUUAAUUUCACAAACUGCAAUGGCUUCUGGUCCUAAGUGUCUCAGGAAUCAACCACCUGACGUCACAAUAAUGUCGAGUGAACCAUUUUCGCAUGGGCUGGUUUGAAAUCAAACCACGUAGGCAAAGGCAGAAACUCUGCAAGCCUCAAUGAUCAGCUGCACAGGGGCUGCAAACACCCUUUUGGCACAGCUGCAGCUUUACCUGCCCCCACACCUGUAGGGCAGGUGGGCAUGGCUUGGUCAAACAGGCAGGCCUGGUGGGCCCAUUAAGGACUGUGGGGUGGAGGUUCCCAACCUCUAGUUUAGAAAACGCAUGAGGGAACGCCAGUGGAAAGCUCCAUUUAAAUUGGUGUUUUCCUCUCCGAUGCCUCCUCAUUACGUAAAUUGCUGAUUUAAAUUACCUUUGCUUUAAAUCCACCCUGAUGGGCUGCUUCACAAAGUUCUGUCACUGUAUUUAUGGCAAAUACAUUAACCGCUUGCACCAAAUCACGCUACCCCACCAAAGACGAAACUCCCUACAUUCAGAAAGAGAAAAAUCUCUCUGUCUAGGAGAAUACACAGCUAUAUGUUUAUUUGUUUGUCCUUACAGAAUGAUAAAAUAUGUGGUUCCAGAACUCCGCUCCCACCUGUCCCACAAGCCCCUUUUGCCAAUGCGUCUCAAUCCACCCACUGCAGCAAAGAAGGAUGUUAGUUUCUUUAGUCCAGCUGCAGGCAGAGAUGGAAAGGGGGCAAAGUGGCUCUAGGUGCAUUGUGCCUCUUGCUGCUUUAUAGCUUUAAAGGGAAAGCCUGUCUCCGAGUCGACACGUGACAACCCUGUCCAAUACACAGAGUCUAAGGCAUGCUCUGGAUUUCCUGUGCUACAAGCAGUUAGCAAUUGCAACAUGGUCAGAAUAUACAUGCACACUUACUUGGAAGUAAGCUGUAUUGAACUCACCUGUGUAAAACAGGCAUAGGACUGGUCACGCUUUUAAAUUAGAAAAGUUGGUAACGCUUCCGACAUUUAGAAAAGUAAAGCAAGCUAGUUCCUUUUUUAAACAUUUAGUAUCCUGAAUAUUUUUGUAAUACGAGUAAUAACAUUACCAAACUUCUCGGUUAUUUAUUUUAAAGCCUUCAUUGGUGCUGUUUCAGGGAAAAGGUAUUCAGAAUCAAGCUCCCUGUGAAGUCAUGUGCCUUUUAUUAGAGUCACGAAUUGCAACACAUUCCUGAUGAUUAGCUCUAAUACGUAUUUCCCCCCAAAUCCCUCUGCUUGGUGAAGGCAAGUUAGCAACUAUUUCUGCCAAUGCAGAUGUAACUCUGUUGUGUUAAGAGUUUACUUGACUCCCCCCUCCCCUAUUGCAUGUUUGCUAUUCCUUGUUGAAAGUAUUUGCUAGGCAAUAUCAGAAAACAAAUUACCCCAUCCCCAUCAGUGGUAGACUUUGGGCUCUCAAAUGUCAGUGGUGUUCUGUGUGAUGCUACAAUUUGAUGCCCUCUCCCCAUUUCUCGCUCAGUUUACAUCAGUGUUGUAGCGCCCCUGUGAUACUGCCAGUGGCAUAGUGUGGGUUUUUGGUGCCCGGGGCAGGGGAAGUUUUGAGUGCCCCCCGGGUGGACUGGACAGCUGGGGUGGAGGCAUGUGUCCCAGCCCUGAAGGCCUGGCAAGGGGGUGCGGCUUGCUUUCCCACAGAUCUGGAAGGCAGCAGUAGCUUAGUCACGAGGCCUCAAGUGAUGGGGGCACUUGGUUGCGCCUCAGAAUUUUGCACCCAGGGCCACUGCCCCUCUGCUCCUCCUCUGCUAUGCCACUGGGUGCUGGCGCCCAGUACUGCUAUACCAGCCACACUACCCUAAAACCACCUCUGUCCCUGUUUAUACAUGGUCUACUGUGCCUACUGGAAUGUAUAAUGCUUACUCAUAACAUCACAAAGCACCCUUUCUCGCAGCAAACAAGCUUGUUUUAAUUCUGUGCUUAUUUGAACAACAUCUAAAAACACACACACCCUCAGCUGAUGGCCUAUGAAGCAAAGAAUCUCCCAUUCCAGAUGUUCAUAUGCUAGAAAUAUUUCCCUUCUGGAAAAAAAAAAGUGGUUGAAAUAAAAUUAUGAUAAUAUGCAUAAAUAUAUGUUCCUGCACAAACACAUGCAAAUAUAUAUAUAUUUAAAACCCUUGAGGUUUUCGGUUACUAAAUAUGAGAGCUUCAACACUUGAAACUGAAAAUCCAGGAACAAUUCAUGAAUCAGACUUGAAUGGUAACUAUAAAGUUUCUCUUUUAUGUAGCAGCUUAAAUAAAGGAGCGCAGGAGGAACUGUAGGACCAAGACCCCUGUAUUAUAUGCAGUAAAUUUUGUUAGGAUUUAACUUUUGCUUAUUCAUAAAAAUGUUUUCACUAGAAGGAAAGAGGAUGAAAUAAUGGACAGAAUACCAUUCCCGGCCACUGCUAAACUGCUUAUAUCUGGUAUCUGAGUGCCAUGUGGAUUAAUAGUUUCCACUUCCCCAGUCCAAAUCACCAAGCCAAUAAGCGUCACGACAAAAGAGAAAGGAAUUUGUUGCUUAGGAAAAGCAAAGCAAACAGUCACUAAAGAGGAAUUGUAAAUGCAUAUCCUUAUAUGCACCAUGGCUUCCUCAUCCGUAGGAUAGAUCUCUUGAAUAGAAAAGACCAUACACUCAGCUCAAGGGCGAUGGACAAAAUUAACUUUGGGUUUCUUGUAUAACUGAAAUUCUAUCACCUGAAUUUUUUUAAAAUGUGAAAUAGGACUGCCUAGGGAAAUGUCACAGUAACAACACUGCGUUCCUUUUUUGCAGGUGCUCACGAACUUGUCAGAAUGGAGAGGUGAGAAAUUCUGUUUUACUGUACAGCUAUAUUUUUACUUUGGAAUUUGGCUUAGGGCACACAAUAAAAUCAAGAGAGGUUGAAGCAUCAAGAAGUUGCGGUUUAGCAACAGAUGGGAUAAAGCAAUUAAUGAAACCACAGUAACGCAGCAGCCUAACAAGAUCAAGCGGCAAUCCCAAAAAGACUUCUUCAGAAAAGUCUGAAGUCUUUGUGUCUUAGAAAGAAGCCUUGCUAGAAAAGGAAUUCAACAGAGAAGACAGCCACUGAGGAAAAGGCUCUCUUCCUAGUAGGUGCCAAAUGCACCUCCUCAAUGUUGGUAUCUGAAGUAGAGUCUCUUAAGUUGCUAUAAGAUGCCAGUGUAGUGGAGGUGAAGACAUGUCACAUGGAUAGAAUAGUUCCUUGAGAUACCCUGAGCUAGGACAUUUAGGACUUUAAAAGUUAAGGCAAUUGGGUCAGUACUCUUGGAACUCGCGUUAUAUAGAUUCCAUGUUUAUAUUUGCAGCAGGUGGCUGGAAACCUGUGAGCCAACUUUACCUACCAUUCAACCAUACCCUACUAUUAGCUGAAAGAAGCCCUACAGCUCUAUCUAACAAUCUUCACGGCCAGUGUUAGGAAAGAGGGGCCAUGGACAAACAAAACUUUGCCCCCAUCUUCUUGUAGCCUCUUUCCUACAGGCAGAAUGCCAGUAACGGGUUUUCAGUAGGCUGGCAACAGCCAGUCAGUAAAGGGAAAAAGAUUUUGGCCCUUCAUUCAUGUACUCUGUCCCAGGCUUGCACACUGCUAAACCUAGUUGCACAUUAUGGAUUUAUGCACAUACCUGCUGUCGGCCUGAUCUAGGCUUUCCGAACCUCAUCCUCUAAGCCAAAUAAAUCAACAUUCCCAGUACAAGAUAAACUUUUGCAUACUUGAUUUUUUUGUUCUGAAAGAGAGCUAACUAGUAAUAAGCCCACCUAGCCAGAGGACAAUCUAACAUGGUGAUAGAUCUAGCUUUACCAGUCAACGGGUUCUUCUGUUGCUUACAUUAAUCAAAAUAUGACCCCUCCAUAGUUCUAAAAUGGACUGUCUGACAGCAUUAAAUGUGUUACGUGUCCUGCUCUGCAGGUUUUGCUUGAACCAAAACUACCUGGAUAAACAAGACACUGAAAGAUGGAAAUUAAUUUUGGUGUCACUACUGACACCACAAAUAGUUACUUUGCCUUUAAGAAAUGAAUAUUUUUACAGUGCUGGAAACUUGGCUUUUUAAAAGGAAUAUUUUGAGCAAAAAAUAGACUCUCUAAUUGGUUUGUAGCUGACUCAGUUCUUAGUAACCACUGAAAUAGUCAUUCAGGCACUACCAAACACAUCUUAAUACACACCAGUACUUCUCUCCUCGAUAUAAUAAAGACACAAGUAGCAGCAAUCUAAAUAGAAUUUGUUUUCCAUCUAAGUAACAGCAGAAUGAGAAUGAGACUUGAUUCUGGUCUGGUUAGUGUCUUGAACCUGUGCUUUUCCUUUCAGCAACACCCAUGGCAUUGAGAAUCCUGUCUUUGAUGACAUUCCUACCAUUAAUUCGGAGCCCAAAGCUAGGCCGCAAUUAAGCUACAUGGCUAGCCGCCAGCUAUCAGAGUCAGGUCGACAUCUUCUCUCGGAACCGAAUACUCCCCUCUCCCCUCCAGUCCCGGGGGACUGUUUCUUCCCAACACUGGGUAAUUAUUUAUUUCUCUCUCCCUCCCUCUCUCGUCAGUUCCUUAAGGUAAAGGGGCCCCUGACCAUUAGGUCCAGUCGUGACCGACUCUGGGGUUGCGGCACUCAUCGCACUUUAUUGGCCAAGGGAUCUAAGCCAGCAUGGCCAGCAUGACUAAGCCGCUUCUGGCGAACCAGAGCAGUGCACAGAAAUGCCAUUUACCUUCCCGCCAGAGCAGUACCUAUUUAUCUACUUGCACUUUGACAUGCUUUUUAACUGCUAGGUGGGCAGGAGCAGGGACCAAACAACGGGAGCUCACCCCGUCACGGGGAUUCGAACCGCCAACCUUCUGAUUGGCAAAUCCUAGGCUCUGUGGUUUAACCCACAGUGCCACCCACGUCCCUUUUCGUCAGUUCCUUAGCUAGCAGUAAUUAUAUAUAUAUAUAUGUGUGUGUGUGUGUGUGCGCGCGCGCCAAAUGCUGGUUGGUGGAAUAAUUUCCUUUUCAGAAGUUGCCCAUGGCCAUACAUUUGACUACACGUCCAAGAUCAAGGGGAUGGGGAGUGCUGUUUGCUGCAACGCUACACGUUCUCAAACGCCUUGAGAUCAGAUAAGGGAGGAUAUCAGGAGAUGAACAGCACCCUUUGGCUCCCUAGGAGCUUCUCUUAUCAGUUUUGUUUCACUUAUGGAAAGCCAGCAGCUGGAACUCUGGUCUGAAUCCAGACUCAGUCCCCCUAGCGUUGGCAGGGAGGGAGGACUCUGGAGAACCUGAGAUGUUUCCUAACCUCUUGAUUGGGGUGGUACUGUGGCUUCUAGAGACAAAUGCUGCCUGCUAUGGCUCCAGAAAAAGGCUCUUAUAUGUUAUGAAUGCUAGCAUAGAGUGGGAAGCAACCUGCAUUCUCAUUCACCGCAUUCUCAUUUUUUCUUUGCUUUUGGGCGGGAGAUAAGAAGUAACCAGCUCAGAAAUCUUUACAAGGGGCAGCAGACAUAUAACUACAUAUAAAUAAGUUUGCAGGCAUGAAUAUACGGGAGGAAGGGGGGGGAAAGCGAACUAAUCAUCACUGUUUGUUUUUCAGAGCCUGUUCCUGACUCACCAAACACGACAAAUGCAUAAUAAAGUUUUCCAGGAAGAAUGUCUUUCAUGGAAUCUUUGGCCUCAAUUUGGACAAGGGACAAACAAACAAACAAACAAACAAACGAGAAAGGGCGGUGGAUAGGAAGGAAAAAAAGCUUUUUGAAGACUGUUUCUAAGGGGAAGAAAAAUGGUGGUCUCUGAGGCACUUGGUGCUUGUCCUAACUUUCACUUAUUACUCUGUUCCUUAAAUACAGUAUAUCAGGGCAGAAAAUAAGUUCUGGAAGAGGCUGAGGUACUGAAACCUUCUAGGAUUCUGAUGGCUUUUUCUUUUCACAACGCUGAUGAUUUUACGAACAAUUGCCACAUAUUUUAAAAAAGGUGUAUGGUUUUAAUACACCAGGACCAUGUACAAGACUGGAGAAGAGAUCAAGAAGAUUUCUUAAUUCUAACAGGAACAGGCCAUGGGGAGGAAUUAUGAGUGUUACCACCAUUUGCCUUAAAAACUGAACCGAGAUUUUAACACUUUCCUCCAUGGAAAUAUGGACUAGAUUAAAAAAACAAAAAACUUCAAAGCUUUCUGUCAGGAAAAACCCAUCUUAGGCGUUCUAGGUCUUUCUUUAUAUAAAUUGUAUUGUGUAUACAUAUAAUUUUAAAAGUGGUGCUUUGCAACAGAUUUUGCUUGUAUCUUGGCUUUAAAAAAAAAUUACACAUGAAAAUCUCACAGUACCUGGCUGCAGUCUCAACUAAUUUUUCCUUCUUAAAACAUCGUAAUUAUUUUUUUAGCAAAUUUGGCUCUGAACCUGCUCUCCGAAUUCUAUGAAUCAGUCUUUUGAUUUUCUUUUUACUGCUUGCUGCAUGGUACAUGCACAGCUAUUAACUAAUCAGGGUGGUGUAGCAAAUAGUCAGCGAAGCACAAGCAUGCCAAACUAUCAAAAAUUAGAUAUAAUGUCAAAUCUAGUCUGCCAUUGUCACAAAACAAUUGAGACCUAUUUUAGAAAUUUGCCCAAGAUGUGGAUUUCGCAACACACUUAGGACCUGACAGUUGUGACUUUUAAAAACAGAUCUGAAAAUUAAUGUUUUGGUCUAAUCCAAUUUCUAUCAAAACUGCAGUGGUUAUCUCUCAAAGAUAUGAGGAUAUAUUCCAAAUGCCUUGGCUCAGAAGCAUGUUUUAACCAGCUCCCGUUAAUCUGGUUUCAUAGUCUAUUUAGCACAUCCAUUGCAAACAGUGGAAACUGCAAGGCAAUGCAAGGCAUCUCAGGCUCUUUGACUGAUCAUACCAUAUUCAUUAGCGGAUUAAGCCCUUCCAAGGCAUGUGGGUUUGCAGAGAGGAACUAAUGCUUCCCUUUCCAAGAGAGACCUCACAUUAAAAAAAAAAAGAGUAAUAUACGAAAUAUGUAGGUUGUGAUUAUUUUAAAUACAUUUAUAGGAAUAAAAACCAUUCCAAUAAUUUCUAAGUUAUGCUAAGAGAUAACAUGCAUGAGACUCUUAAUCUCAGGGUUGUGGGUUCGAGUCUCAUGUUGGGCAAAAGAUUCCUGCAUUGCAGGGGGUUGGACUAGAUUGACUCUCAUGCUCCCUUCCAACUCCACAAUUCUAUUAUUCCUGCCCUACGUUCAGUAAGUAAGUUAUUCUGGAAAGUUUGAAGUUAGGACGGAUUAAGAAGAAAGUUAAGGCAUCUUAAGAAGAAAGAUAUUCAUUGCUUGCCAUAGAUGAGAGAACACAAGAAGUCUGACUGUACAGAUCCUCCAACAUUUAAAAUACAUAUGAAUUAAGAACAGAGAGUGAAGAAAAGAGAAAGCAGGCUUAUUAAUGACAUGAGCAAAGACCUUACUCUUUCAAAUUCAUCCUGCUUGCUCCUGUCUAGUAGAAAGCGGUGUGUGUGUGUGUGUGUGUGUGUGUGUGUGUGUAAAGGUAACUGCUUGUGUAAAGGUAGGUCUGGGAACGGCUUAUCCUACGUGAAUAUACCAGCUGCUCUGAUAGUACCUCUGAAUGUUUUUUAUAUUUGUUUUUUUUUUAAAAAAAAGUUCUGAUGAGAAAAUAAAAGGUUUAUUGUGGU